AUGUGGAGGCCCAUUUUGGACGAGGGCGUGGUCCUGUGGCGCUUUCGGUUUCAUCUCUUCACCUUGAACCAACGACUCAGGUCCUGACUACUCAAAAACUUCAGCUCUUCAUCUGGACCUCCGGACCUCCCAGAGAUGGCCUCUUGAUGAAUUUUCUUCCUCGGCACGGUGCAGGCCUUCCGGCCUUGCUUCUGUGGAUCAGCUCUACUUCUUUCUGCCAAGCCGGACAGGCGCCCGUUCCGCCUAUUUAUUCUCCUUGCAACUUCCCAUCGCCUCUUCACGAGCCUAAUUUGGUUAGUUCCGUCUUUUGUUCUCCGUUGGUGACAUUCCUCCAGUGGAAGGAAAUAGAAGCAACUAAAAAGUUGACUGAAAAACUUUUCAAAUACCUUAGUCUUUCAAGAAAAACAAUUAUCCUCUUGGAUUUGUGAUGUUUCCUUAUAAGCAGGAUAGUUUUGGAAAAAAGAAGAGAUUGAUUAAGAAGUUAAUUUUCAGUACAUCUUCCAAUCACCAUUUAUUUAAAAUUUUUCUGAAAACAAAAACUUUUUUGAAGCUGUGUAAUAAGCAGUAAAAAAGACUAGCUUUUGAAGGUGAAAACUCAUGAUUCUCAUCAAAAAUUUCUCCUUUUUUUCGGACCAAAUCAUUAUUUUGCAUUUUAUGUUUUGUUAUUACAUCCUUUUUAAAAAAAAAUGAGCUUUUCGGCUUUGAUUUCAAAUUUUCAACGAAUAUUGGUUACCAACGGUUACGGAUGUGUUGCCUAAGUGAGUAGAAUCGUUUAUAUUUCAUGCUCUCUAAUUUCGGGGAUUCGCAGGUGAAGCCGGAAAACCAUUGUACUGCUUCUUUUUUUGUUUUUCACCUGCGCGAAAUUCAAUUACGCGACUCGGCCAAGCAAGAAUAACAGAUUUUAUUAUAAGCUCGACCCGAAGUGGAUUCGAAAAGCCGGCAAACAUAAAUCAAGUUAACUCCUUCAAGGCGACGUACGUCGAGAAAUUUUCAGAAUAACUUUAGCUCAGAGUCGAUAGAGGGAAUUUUGAGAAUGGGUCGAAAAAAGCAGCAUAAGUUUCUUUGAGAAAGGGAGGUCAUUCCACUUUGGGGCUGAAAAUUUCUUGAAAAUUUGUCAGAUUGCUCAUUGUUAAACAAGAUAAAAAUCCUGAAAGUUUUAACUUGCAAAACUUCAAAGCUCCAAAAUGCUUAUUUUCAAGGAUUUUGUGGCUUUUUUCUGACUUUAACGAGUCCUUUCUCAAUAACUAGAAAUAUCUACACUUCUUAAUUUCUCAGAAUAAUUUUUUCUGGUACAUGUCGAAGAGCUCUACCUAAUUUUCAAGAAAUUUUUAAUGACCUUCCUGCUUAGACGGUACACUGAAAAAUCAGAAAUUUUCUUUCAGAAAGUGACUUACAUCACUGUUUCAGUUUCGAACGGUUUGCUCCGCGCUACCGAAAUUUCCCUUCAUAUGCGAUCUCCAUCAUCAGUUGGCCUACACUAACACGGCUGGCAUCGAAAAAGCUUUUUUGAGGUAGGCUGAAAAUUGAAGUGAAAGAAAAAUUCUUUCUGUUUGCGAAUGUCCUGGCCCUUGACUCCAGCAAUUAAUUCCCUCUCGGUCUCCAAUUUUCGAAAAUUUGCAAAUUUCUUCUCUCGGAAUUCCGAAAAAAAGAUGUGAUAGUACAGACAAGGAUUGACCUUUUCAUUUUUAUUGAUUUUCAAGGUAUCAUUCGCUCUUCACCGACCGGAAUCGAUCAACGAUUGGAGUUAUCAUUGGUGGGUUUUGAAAAAUUUAGGUGAUUGAAAUUGAUGAGAUAUGUAGAAUAAUCAAACAUAAACUGAAAAAAGGUAAUGAUUUUUUUUGCUCAUACUUGAGAUCAGCUUUAUUGAUUUUUUUUUGGGCGGUUUGGUGUCUUCUUCACAAAACGAAUGUUAUCUCAUGAACUAACACGCACCCUCCCGGGAAAAAAAUUCAUAUUUUUCGUUAGUCAAUCCCUUUUUGUCACAUUUACUCAUUUUUUCUAGACAGCGAAAAUUACUUGAUCAGCAAGAUCUAAAUCAGAAUUUUCAAUUUAUGUAUCAAAUCACUAAACUGUUUCAAAAUUUCCAGCCAAGCAGCUCGAAGCUCCGAGCAGCGCGACAGACGUGUUCAAAAAUGCUGAGUACACUUGUUUAUUCGAGAACGAGUGCAACCAAGUGGACGCAGAAGUCGUUAGUGGAAUCGUCACCAACGUCAAGACCUUCUACAAGGUUAUUAUGGGCUUCUUCUUUCUUCCCUUCUUUGGAUUGCUACUCAAAGAUCAAACGGCUCUUCAGGAUGUAGACUUUUUUUCCAUGACCUUUCAUUGAUAUUUCAUAAUGAUUCGGCAAAUUUGACUUCAAAAUGGUUCCUGACUGUUUCUUUAAACAAAGAGGUUCAAAAAACUUCUUUCGAAAGCACUAAAAUUGGCAGAGAAUUGCUCCUACUUUUCUUUUCUCUUUUAGAGGAGCGGCCCCUCCAUUUUCUGCUGAAUACCCUCAAAGGUGGCGAGGGGUCUCCGAAUUCAAUAGCUGUAAAUUUUGCGUAAAAAAAUUGCUGAAUGUGAACAUCUGGCCUGAAUGCACACGGAACUGGACAAUUAUAGAACAUGAAUGCGUGCAUAGAAGAAAACUUUUCUCGAAUCUCCAAAAACUUGUCAACGGUUUUGAAUGAAAUAGACGGAAGCUUUUGUUCGGUAAAAGGAAAAGCUUCAACUUGGAAGAAAAAAAUUUUGAACUUAACGAUUGGUUUUUUAAGAAGCAACCAACGGAAAAGGUUGCUGGUUUUUUGUUGAAAUUACCUGUCAAAAAUUCCUGACUUGUAAUUUUUGUUCAUCAACAAGUAUCGAGUUUUUUUUAAAAUUCACUUUUGAUCGCUAACUUGCUCUUCAAGUCAUUUAUUGCGUUGUUUGUCAACUAUCAGUAAUUUUUGAAGAGCUCCUCAUAUAGUGGACAAGUAAGAUUUGAGAAAUGCAAACCAGCGUAGCACAUUUUUCUGCUCUCCAAGUAGUGGUCUAGAAGGCUUGAAUUUUGCAUAUAGAAAAUUAAAUAAUCUUUUUAAAAUUUAGAGAAAACCUCUACAGUAUCAGAAAACUAUCCUCAAAUUUUUCAAAACAGAUUCGGACAUUACCCUCCCCAUGAAUAAAUAUUAGGUUGUCAAGAAAGGGAUUUCGUUUUUCGAUGCUUCAACUUUGACAAGGUGUUUAGGACAAAAUUUCUUUUGAUACUUGAUUGUUAUAUAUCAUUUAGAAGCUCAGUAUAUGUUUUUCAAAUGUUACGUAACAGAUUUCCAUUAAAAAAUUUGAGUAGACCGUUCCAAAAUUCGCAUGAAGUUGCGAUUUUGCAUCAUUUCUUCAUUCGAGUUCAACCAAAAAGGCAAAGCUAUUGAGACGGUUUAUAAUACUCAAAAUGUGUCCAACAGACUUUAGCUAAUAAAAAAUCCGUAACUAGUUGCCAAAAAAAAUCCCGAUGAGCAGAAAUAAAGACCGCGAAAGAGCCCGAUCUCUUUUCAAUAUGUCUCGCUAUCGAUAUCUAAUUUAGGCCCGUCGUGCAUUCAUUUCAUUCUAUGAAUUUUCUUAUAGUCAAUAGCUGGUAAUUCAUAAAUUUCAGAUCAGUCAAAAAAUGGCUUUUGAAACGAGUUAUGACUGUUUGAAGUCGACCCUCGAAAAAAGGAAUCCUUUUCUGGACAACCUGAUACAAAACGACUCUUAAAAAUGAAAAAUUGAAAAAAUUUCAACUACGUGAGGUGAUUAAUAGAGUCGGGCAACGUUAAGUUUAUUAUUUUUUUCAUAUUGCCUUGUUUUUCUUGAAAACUGAACGCUUUAUUUUAUAAUACAAUAAAAAAAUCAUUUAACACGGUUUUAAAAAGUUUCGGGGUUUCCAAAGUUUGAAAUGAUCAUAAUCUGUGAAAAAUUAAAAAAAUGUUCAAAAUAUACAACGGAGAGCAGAAACGUGUUGAUUUAAUUUUAAAAAAAUAACAUUUUUUUGUUCAUUAUAAUAACCCUGAACUAAUUAUUUUCAGGUUUAUACAUGGAAGGUCUAUGAACGAUGGUUUGGUACAACUGAGUCUUGUGGGAAAACAAAUUUGCUUGCUGUGAGUUCAAUUUCUGAACAGAAAAUUAGAAAAGAAAUCAUUUUCAGCUUGUCGUUGUUGAUGGGUUAAUCAACGACGCGAGAAAAAUACCUUAUGUCCGUAUUCAUACAGGUAUUUCAGGAAGUGCUGAUAGUUUUGAAGGAUAUUUUGAUCUAGGCUCAUCGAGGCUCCGAUCUUCUCUUUCGAACAUUCAGAGUGAAGUGAACAACGCUUUAGUUCAAGGUAUGAUUUAUUGGGAUGAAAAUUUUUCCAAGCCCAGGAAAAAAAGCCAUAAAUUGCUCUAUCAUUUGGAAAAUUCGUCUAUAUGAAAAAAAUUUUAUUCUCUUUGAAACCUGACAAGAGAGGUCAUUUUACUUUGCGUUUAGGACUUUUUUGAAGUAUGGUCAGAACGUUCCUUGAUGUACCAGAAGACUUUUCUGAAAGUUUCAACUUACACCACUAUCUCGUUUUUGAGAAAAGACGAUUAUUAGUCAAAGAAAACCUCAAAAUCCAUAUAAACGGGCUAUCUUGGGGCUUAAGGCCCUCACUUCUCGUAAAGUGGAAAUUCGUGCAGGUUGAGACUUUCAGAAUCUUUAUCUGGUACGAAAAGUAUUGUUCUGGCUCAUUUUCAGAAAGUUUCCAACCGAAAAGUAAAAUGACCAUCCUUGUUAAUUAAUUUCACUUUGAAAUAUUUCACUAAAAAGGAAAAAAAUAUUGAAUAACGGAAACUUCAAAUAUAAAUGAGUGCUUGACUUAUUGGUUUGUUCUCAUUUUAUAGAAUCUUUUAUAAUUUUAUCUUCAUUCAUGUAAAAUAUUUAUGAAAAAACGGAAAAAUUAAAAAAAAAAACUAAAGUGGUUCCCAACUCGAGCAAAAUCAGAAAAGAAUGAAAAAUAAAGAGUGAUAUUUUUCCAAAAAAACUUCAAACUUCAGGAUGGCCAAUGGCGAAAGUGAUAGAAGAUUUGAUAGACGACGUCGGAUAUGCCUUGAAAGAGUUUUAUGAACUAAAUGGAGAAACUCGCGAUCACUCCGUCCCAAUGUAAGUUCAUCCCUCCCCCACCCUAAUCACAUCUGUAACGCGGAAGUUCCUUAGCACCUUUUCGUGGUAAUGAUAGGAUUAUUCAGAUGGGCUCGCCACGUAUUUCUUCUUUGCCUGGCGUUAGUAGUGACGGCGCUGCUCGUCGAGUGGUACAUUGUGAGGAGGAAACUCGGCGUGCAAAAAAGCGGAUCCAUCAAGAUCGCGUCUGGCAAAAGCAAAACCCAUCUUAUGUUUUGA